AUGGCUGGGGCAGCCUCCGCACUGUUUCUAUUAGACAUAAAGGGUCGCGUUCUUGUGUGGCGCGACUACCGUGGCGAUGUCUCUGCCGUUCAGGCCGAGCGCUUCUUCACCAAGCUCAUCGAAAAGGAGGGAGAUCCGCAAUCUCAAGAUCCAGUAGUGUAUGAUAAUGGAGUCUCUUACAUGUUCAUACAACAUAGCAAUGUUUAUCUAAUGACCGCAUCAAGGCAGAAUUGUAAUGCUGCCAGUCUCCUCUCUUUUCUCCACCGCGUUGUUGAUGUUUUUAAGCAUUAUUUUGAAGAAUUAGAAGAGGAAUCACUUAGGGAUAACUUUGUGGUAGUGUACGAGUUACUUGAUGAAAUGAUGGACUUUGGUUACCCUCAGUAUACCGAAGCAAGAAUUCUUAGUGAGUUUAUCAAGACGGAUGCCUACAGGAUGGAAACUUCCCAGAGGCCUCCCAUGGCUGUCACUAAUGCAGUGUCUUGGCGCAGCGAAGGGAUAAAUUACAAGAAGAAUGAAGUUUUCUUAGAUGUGGUUGAGAGUGUCAAUAUACUUGUCAACAGCAAUGGACAAGUCAUUAGGUCUGAUGUUGUUGGGGCUUUGAAAAUGAGAACGUAUCUAAGCGGCAUGCCUGAGUGUAAGCUUGGCCUUAAUGAUAGAGUAUUAUUGGAGGCCCAAGGACGGGCAACAAAGGGAAAGGCCAUUGAUUUGGAGGACAUCAAAUUUCAUCAGUGUGUACGUUUGGCUCGAUUUGAAAAUGACCGGACAAUAUCAUUUAUACCACCUGAUGGGGCUUUCGAUCUGAUGACAUAUAGACUCAGCACUCAGGUAAAGCCCCUGAUUUGGGUGGAAGCUCAAGUUGAAAGGCAUUCAAGAAGUCGUGUGGAGAUCAUGGUAAAGGCUAGGAGCCAGUUCAAGGAGCGCAGCACUGCAACAAAUGUUGAGAUUGAGUUGCCUGUGCCAGUUGAUGCUUCCAAUCCUAAUAUUCGGACGUCAAUGGGGUCUGCAUCAUAUGCACCUGAAAAUGAUGCAUUAUUGUGGAAAAUUAAAUCUUUUCCAGGAGGAAAGGAGUACAUGUUGAGGUCUGAGUUCAGUCUUCCCAGUAUAACUGCUGAAGAAGCCACUCCUGAGAGAAAAGCUCCUAUUCGUGUGAAGUUUGAAAUACCAUAUUUUACUGUUUCAGGAAUACAGGUUCGAUACCUGAAAAUUAUUGAGAAAAGUGGCUACCAGGCUCUCCCAUGGGUGAGAUACAUAACAAUGGCUGGGGACUUGGAGGGAAUUGUAACAUCGGUAAAUCUUCUCACUUUUUCUGGUAUUUACGGUGGAGAUGGGACUGCUGGAGAAUUGAGUGCCUUCACCCAGUUACGAGAGCUUGGCAUUAAGCGUGUCUGA